GUGCAGCUGCAGAUAAAACUUUCUCUUCUAUCGUACAUACAUUCUCAAUACGAAUACCGUCAUCUGAUUCGGAAGUGGUCCUGUUUGACACGUUUGACGUCGAAUUCUGGACAUUUAUUAUGGCAGCUCAGGUGCACGAGUUCAGCGUCGAAAUGACAUGUGAGGGAUGUUCGAACGCUGUACAGAACGUACUCAAAAAGAAAGCAGGCAUCGAUGACAUCAAGAUAGAUUUACCUGAGAAGAAAGUACACGUAACCACUGCGCUCAGUUCAGAUGAGAUUUUGGAAACAAUCAAGAAAACAGGGAAGUCUUGCCAAUUUUUAGGGACGUCUUAAAGUUGUGAAGAUAAAGAGUCAUGAUAUUACAAGGUGCUGCUAAAUACGCCAA